UUGUAAAUUGCAAAAGCGAGCAAAACCCUACUUGAACCACUUCAUUUCACACUCAUUGCACACGACUAUGUCGUUGGGAAUUGUUCGAUCGCGAGCAAUUUCCUUCGCAUCCAAGCGAUUCCUCUGCACCAAUGCGGGUUCUGCUGCUGCUUCUUCUCCUCCUCCUCCUCCUUCCACCGCCUCUCCAAGCCGCUGGAACUUUCUCAAAUACGCCGUCGUCGGUGCAUUCACCGGAGCCACCGUCUUUACCGGUUACGCCUCUUACGCUUACACUUUGGACGAAAUAGAUGAGAAGACUAGGUCUUUGCGUGAUUCCGCCAAGUACACUGUUGGUGAUGGAGCCACUGCCCUUGACAAAUUUCAAGGCUUGCUAUACUCAACUGCAAUGACGGUGCCUGCUAAAGCAGUAGAACUUUAUUUGGAUGCAAGAAGGCUAAUUGAAGAACAAGUUAGGAGUUAUACUGAACCAUACACAGACAAGCUCCUUCCUGAUUUGCUUCCUCAGGAGCAACAUGUGUUUACACUGGUUUUAGAUCUUAACGAGACAUUGAUCCACUAUAUUUGGACGAGAGAUACAGGCUGGCAGACUUUUAAAAGACCUGGAGUUGAUGCCUUCUUGGAACAUUUAGCUCAGUUCUAUGAAAUAGUGGUGUAUACAGAUGAACAACAGAUGUUUGUAGACCCUGUUUUAGAUAGGCUGGAUACCAAACAUUGCAUUAGAUACAGGCUAUCGAGGACAGCUACAAAGUAUCAAGAUGGGAAACACUUCAGAGACCUUUCUAAACUAAAUAGAAAUCCAGCAAAAGUCCUCUAUUUGAGUGGCCAUGCUUUGGAAAGUUGCAAACAACCUGAGAACUGUGUUCCUAUUAAGCCAUGGCAGCAGCAUGAUAUAGAUGACACAGCUCUUUUGGAUUUCAUACCAUUUCUUGAGUUUGUUGCCCGCAGUAGUCCACCUGAUAUAAGACCAGUGCUAUCCUCUUACCAAGGAUGUGAUAUUCCAACUGAAUUCAUCAGGCGUUCUAAAGAGCAUCAGAGGAAAAUGCAAGAACAAAAGCAUCGUGGUCGCUUUUGGAGAAAUUGAUCCAAGAAUAGCAAUGAAACGUAUAAUAAAUGUUCUUCAUCGAGGCUAAGAUUGUCAGUUCCAUUGCCAGUUGAUUCAUUAGUUCACCAAAGAUUUUGAAGUCAUUGCAAGUUGAUGAGUGAUUACAUCAAAUAUAGAAAAUGUAGAUUUUGUUUUACGCAAGUCUUGCAACUUUUGUCUUGAACCAUUUGUUCUUUUGGCUAUUGUAAUUCUGUUGCUGGAAAGCACUUAUUAAUUUCGGGGGAUGAAGUUCUUUUUCACCUGAUAGAAGAAUUCUAUUUGCCAGAUGUUUCUUGCCAGGUUAUUUAACCUUGAGAGGAUGAAUUUGACCAUCACACAUAUUUUACAACGGACAAAAUAAAAGAUUUUACUUAAUCACAAAUAGCCCGUUUUGU